AUGGACCUCGAACAGAUUGAUGCCCAGAGCAUACGACUCAUGCUUGACCUUGACAUUGCAGAUACUCAAGCCCUCACAGGUGAUGAUGAUAUGGGGGCUCACGAAGUGGCCGAAACGCAUAGGAGUGUCCCCAAGACCUUUCCUCGUCUUCAUCGAAAGGAACCUACGGGUAAGAAUACCACAUCGGCUACUACCAUUGCAGAUCGUGACGACGAAGACGACGCUUCGUUCGAAUUUCUGAGGUGUCCGUGGGAAGAUCCCAUGUCCUAUACGAGCACCCCCGACACUGAGCUGCCUAUCCGCGAACCAUCCGCAGCCGAACAAACACCCAUCAACAAGACCGAGGAGAGCUCUCGAGAAGGAUGGGAGGUGAUGGGGAACUCGCCCGCUGCCAGGAUGGUCCUCAGGCCGUCCAACAGGAAGCAACCAUCCAAGCUCAAGUCCAGUCCAAAAGAGAAGGCCAAAGCCAGGGAGCCUCAGCAGACACGGGAGAGAGGCAGGAAAUGCACGUCCUACCACGGCAUGCUGCCCCCGAGCCACCCGCUGCUCUGCCCCUGCGGCCACGACCACUGCGGCGAGUGUCCGUCCAGACUAUUCGCAGCGGCCACGGCCAACGAGUCACUGUAG